AUGGGACGUCCGCUGCUACCCAUUUGGAAGGAGUUCGUGACGACGGUGCCCGCGGAUGCAGAUAAACGCAGCCCGGAUGUUGCGUGCCUGCACUGUCGCUCGGUGGUGUGUAACGCGCGUCCAGCGAACCUGCUUCGUCAUGCGCUUAGCUGCUCGGACAUGCCGCCAGAGGUGCGCCUUGGCCUCCGGGCCGAUUAUUCGGCACCCCCGACGGUGUCGCGCCAGGAACUGAACGAGGCGAUGACGGAUCAUCAGCAGCUGAAUCAGACUCGGAAACGGGGCGAAGACGGAGAGAAGGAGGAGAGUGAGGCGGCCGUGUCGGAGCGUCGCCCCGUCCUAGGCAAGCGCCCGCGCGGCGGUGACUGUCAGGACAACCUGGAGCGUGUACUGGUAUCCGUCCGUGACGUGAUGGCUCAGACACUGGAGUGUAGGCAACAAGAGCUUCAGCUGAGGAGGGAAGAGCUCGAGUUCCGGAAGGAGGCGUUGGCAACGAAGAUGGAGGAACGACGCCAGGCGAGAGAAGAGGAUCGAAGGGAAAGACGCGAGCAACGCGAAGCGGACAGGAAGGAGAAACUGGAGCUGGUACGGAUUGAGAACGAGAAGAAUUUGGCCUUCCUCAAGGCGGUAAUGGAGUCGCAGCAGCAGCGGCGAUGA